AUGGAGCCUUCCCCCUUCAACAGAAGACAAUGGACCUCUCAGUCUUUGAAAAUCACUGCCAAAGAGCUUUCUCUAGUCAACAAGAACAAGUCCUCAGCUCUCAUGGAGAGGUUCUCCAAGUAUCAGAAAGCAGCUGAAGAGGCCACUGCUGAGAAGAGAAGGACUAACGCCGAAGGUCUCCCCCCUCACCUCAAGCGGGGCACCCUCAGCCUGCUGAAGAAGAAGUGGGAGACCCCAGCCCCGGCGGCCGAGCCUCGCAAGGAACCUCUGCGGAGCGGCGGUGCCGAGCUUAGGCACAAGGUCGGUGGCCCCGGGCUCGCAGUGGGGAGCAGCUCAGCUCCUUCCCCAGCUUCCGAGCGGCCCCCGGGGGCUGGCGAAGCACCCGACGCCCAGGUCCCUCCUGCGGGCACCUCUGGCCAGCUGCAGGCUCCUGCUGCUGACGGCAGAAAACUCAGGAGCCGCUCACCGGAGAGUGGGAAAAUGGAAAACUGCCUGAGAGAGGCCAGGGACGUGGAAAAGGCUGAAGGCAGCGAGAGCUCCGAGUCCUCGGGGAAGAUCGAGAAGUACAACGUGCCGCUGAACAAGCUCAAGAUGAUGUUUGAGAAGGGAGAAGCGGCUCAGAGCAAGGUGCUGGUGGGGUCUUGUCUCCAGCAGGUCCCUAGAGACCAGAGGAAGACAGCAGUGGGGAGGAGGAUCUCUGAAAACAGCCUCUCCUCAGAGGACUUUGAUGUGGGUCAAGGAGAGAAGAGCCAUGGCACAUCAGGGCACCUUGUGGAGAGCAGCCCAGAGAAGGCAGAGGCCAAGAAGAGCCUGGAGCUGCCUCGUCUGACAGAGACCUCAAUAAAGGACAGGUUGGCCAAGUACCAGGCAGCUGUGUCCAAGCAGGGCACCUCCCCAGGCCUCACUGCCAUGAGUGAGAUUCAAGCCAGAGAGAGUGAACUGGAGAAUUACAAAUGUGAGCAGAAGGAGAAUAUGCCACCAAGUCUUGAGGACUCCAUUUCCUGGCAGGAUGGGGAGAAGGGCUCUGUAGGUGACACCAGUUUGGCUUCCCACUCUGCUCUUCUGGAGGAUGACAAUGUUGGACAAAGCCUGGAGAGCCAGGCAGAAGCUCAGAAGCCUGUCAGCAUGAAGCAGCAGAGCUGUGGCUCUAAACCAGCUGGCCAGCCAGAUGCAGCUCAGCCAAAAGUAGUGAAGAAGUUCCAGCUGCCAAUGAAGGAAACCUGUGUUGGGUGUCAGAAGACUGUGUACCCCAUGGAGAGGCUCCUUGCCAACCAGCAGGUCUUCCACAUCAGCUGCUUCCGCUGCUCCUACUGCAACAGCAAGCUCAGUCUGGGCACCUAUGCAUCCCUGCGGGGGAACAUCUACUGCAAGCCUCACUUCAAUCAGCUCUUCAAAUCUAAAGGCAACUACGAUGAAGGCUUUGGGCACAAACAGCACAAGGAAUUGUGGGCAGGCAAAAGUGAAGGGGAGGAAUCCCCAGAGAAAACCAUCCCUGGUGUGAAUGCAACAGAAAGCCCCCAGAGCCCAGGAGUAGAGGAUGCCCCAAUUGCAAAAGUAGGAGUCCUGGCAGCAAGUAUGGAAGCAAAAGCUUUGGCUGUGCCUGAAAGGGAAGAGAGACCAGCAGAGACCAAAAAGCUCAGGAUCGCCUGGCCCCCUCCCUCUGACCAAAGUGUUCAAGGAAGUGCCCUAGAUGAGGGCAUCAAAGUACUCAAACCCAAGUGGCCCCCAGAGGAAGAGAAUUCCAAGCCAGACGUGCUGGAGGAGGUGGAUCUGGAUCUGAAGAAGCUGAGGAGAUCUUCCUCGCUGAAGGAGCGGAGUCGUCCCUUCACCGUCGCAGCCUCCUUUAGAACCCUGUCUGUGAAGGGCCACAGAGCAGAGAAUUCCUCCUCCCCUUCCAAGGCAGAGAGAGAGAUGCUGAGAAGAAGUGAGGAGCUGGAGAGGGAGGCUGUGGUAGACAAAAAGUCAAAGAAGGCUGAGAAUAGGAACAUCCAGAGUGCUGAAGAAAGGAAGGUGGAGGAGGAACAGGAAUUGUCUGGCAUCAAAAGGGAGCAGAACUUGGUAGAAAAUGGCCAGGUGAGCACAGAGACAGAUGAGGAAGAGCCUGGCAGGGAAGAGCAGGAAAUUCCAAAGGAAGAAUUCCUUGAACCAAAUUUUCCUACACAUCCCAGCCUGGCCAAUGUGACUGCUAAGGAAUCGUCCCUGAACCAGAACCGCAAAUCCCAAGAUGUUGGUUUCUGGGAAGGGGAAGAUGUGGAGGAUCUGUCUGUGGAAGACCAGAUCAAAAGGAAUCGUUACUAUGAGGAUGAGGAUGAUGAUGAUGAAGAAUAAAUUGGCCUUUUAGAAAACUGCUGCCAGGUGCUGGGCCUUUUAAAUUGGUGUUUUUAGCUUUAACAAGCAGCUCCUCCACCAG